GAUCAAGAAGGAGGAUGAGGUAAAAUAUUUCAAAUUUCAAUCAUCGUGGAGCUGAAGCUUGACGUGCGCGCCUGUGCCUUAAAGAUAAUAAAUACAUGACCAUGCGUUCGCGGCUUUGAGGUAUCGAUCGCAAUACUUGGAAAAAAUUAAACAAAAGACGACCAAGCUGGCCAAGAUGCGCCUCCCUUUGCGGCUCCUUGCUGCACUUCUCCACCUUCUCGCAUGGACUUCAACCCUGCUAAACAUCCAUGCCAUGCCGCCGCCGCCAGCAGUUCAAUGCAACCGAACUACUGGCAGCUCUGCCUCUGGCUGCACCCUCUACAACACCUACGGUGCAUGGGGAGACCGAAAGGACUGCCACAUCCCAAACGUCACGUACCCAACAACCGAAGAACAGCUCCGCUUGGCCGUUGCCUAUGCCAACAGGAACAAAAUCAAGGUGAAAGUUGUGAGCAAGUUUUCGCAUACCAUCCCAAAACUGGCCUGCCCCAUGAUUAGUACGUCAGGAUCCGAAGAGGCAUUGCUAGUAAGUACGGCAAAAUUAGAUUCUAGCAUCGAAGUUGACGCUGAGAAUUUAGCUGUCACGGCUGAUGCCGGCGUGGGAUUACGUGAACUGAUUGAUAGAGUGGAAGAAGCUGGGUUGAGUUUGGUGGCUGCGCCGUAUUGGGAGGGAGUGAGCGUUGCGGGGCUUAUUAGCACAGGGGCGCAUGGGAGCUCUUGGUGGGGAAAGGGAGGGGCUGUUCAUGAUCAUGUUAUCGGACUGAGUCUUGUUGUUCCGGCAAGACCAUCGGAAGGAUAUGCCAAAAUUAUAAGAUUGGAACCACAAGAUCCACUCUUUGAUGCGGCUAAAGUGUCUUUGGGAUUGUUGGGUGUCAUCUCCAAGGUAAAAUUAUCUCUAGAGAGAGGAUUCAAAAGAAGCAUAGCCUAUAAUUUCACAGACGACGAUCGGUUUGAAGAAGUAUACGUGGACCACGCAAAGAAACACGAAUUCGCAGAUAUAACUUGGUAUCCAUCAAAGCAUAAAGCUGUGUAUAGAUAUGAUGACAGAGUUCCCUUAAACAUGUCUGGAAAUGGGGUUUAUGACUUCAUCGGAUUUCAAUCAAAUUCAAUUCUGAUCUCCAAAUCAAUGAGAGCAACAGAGAACACAUUGGAGAAUGCACGGAGUGUGUCAGGAAAAUGCACACUAGCGGCAACUACAGUGGGGUCUAAGGAAUUACUCGCUAAUGGAUUGAGGAAUGGCCUAAUCUUCACUGGUUAUCCGGUAGUUGGUCGUCAAGGCAAAAUCCAAACUUCAGGUUCAUGUUUAUAUUCACCAACCGCAGAUAUCAUGACCACCUGCGCUUGGGAUCCAAGAAUUAAAGGCCUCUUCUUUUAUGAGACAACAGCAAUAUUCCCUUCUCCAAAGUUCGGAGACUUCAUCCGUGAUGUGAAAAAACUGAGAGACCUAAAACCAGAGAAUUUCUGUGGGGUGGAUAUCUAUAACGGGUUUCUGAUACGUUUCAUAAAGUCUUCCAGGGCAUAUCUUGGUCAUUCCGAGGACUCUGUGGUGGUCGAUUUCAACUAUUAUCGUGCCAAUGAGCCUUCAUCUCCAAGACUGAAUCAAGAUGUAUGGGAAGAAGUGGAGCAAAUGGCAUUUUUUAAGUAUGGGGCUAAGCCACAUUGGGCUAAGAAUAGGAACCUGGCAUUCUUAAAUGUGCAGCAUAAGUAUCCUAAUUUUCACAAGUUCAUCGCUGCUAAAGAACAAUUGGACCCUCAAAACAUGUUCUCAAGUGAAUGGUCCGAUGAGAUAGUGUUUGGGAAGGAGAUGGAAGCAAAAGGUGACGGGUGUGCCUUGGAGGGACAAUGCAUAUGUUCCGAAGACCGACAUUGCAGCCCUGAUAAAGGAUAUUUCUGCCAACGAGGCCUUGUUUAUAAGGAAGCUAGAGUUUGUAGGUAUUCGCCAUCUUCAAUUUCAUGAAUAUGAUAAUUAUUAUAUUGUACUAUCAAAGUCGGAUCACUUCAUGAUUUAUAAUAAAUUUUUUGGUA